GUAGGUAAAGAUGAGGUCUUGUGAGGUUUACAUUAGAAUGAUGUUUAAUGAAAUUUAGGUUAGUGACAUUUAGUGAAGUUUACCGAGAUUGGGGUGAGAUUUAGAUUAGAGUGUUGUUUAGAUUAGGGUGAGAUUAAGAUUAGAGUGUUGAUUAGAGUGAGAUUUAGAUUAGGGUGAGGUUUAUAUUACAGGUUUAUUGUUUUGUUAAUCUAUGCACAGUGAGUUUUUUCUCUCUUCCAUAACGGAGUGGUGGGUUGUUGGUCUGAGGUAUGAGGUGUAAAUCACACGGUGGAGGGUUAAAGGUCAAGGUCGUGUUUCUCCUCACAUCCUGCGCUCAUGUUCUCCAGCGGGUGACUGUGUGUCAGGCUGCAUUCCAAGCACUUAAGCAAAUAUUUAGUCAGGACAGUAACCUGGGACAUGGCACUGGGAACAAGGCUGGAGGUGAACACUUAACCAUCUCUCUCUCUCUCUCUCUCUCUCUCUCUCUAACUUUGUAAAAGAAAAAUCCCCAAAGUGUAACUUUAUAAACAUGGUUAACCCUUAUCUAUUGAAUAUUUAAUUUACUGUACUUUGUAGACAUAUAAACUGGGCUAUAGCUGCUGCAGUCAAGUCAUGGAAUCACAAUUCUAGCAAAAAUAACAACCAAAAAAAAGCAUGAAACGGAUAGAACGGGAUCGGCUGGUUCUCUGAGGUCUUGGAAAUGCUGUAAGGAAUGCUGGACAUGCGGUAUGUGUCUAGUAACAUAUCCUUAGCAAAACCUGACCUCUUGACCCCAAACGCUUUCUGUCGAAGCGUGUGCGAGAAAAAAAACGGAAGUCUUCCGGCCCGCUGCUGUGCCUUAAAGCACGCAGGGCACAGCGUUUGUGACCCGCUGUAGACGGACAGAGCGCUCGCCAGGGUCCAGGCACCGCUUGUUAUCUGAAACAGCACGUUUAUGGUGGGCAGAGAUACGCUCGUCAUGUUCACGCGGCAGCCUUGGCUCGCAAGGCCAAACACGCCAGCGGAGUGAUCUUUGGGUUUAUCUGUGAGGCGAGUGUCACGCGGCCUUGUAGCGCCAGGGUUAUAUAGAGCUCAAGGAUCCACACACCCUUGAUAGAAUCUGCGCUGAUCUGACACGCUCAGACAAACCCCUGGGACGAGAGUCACUAGCUGAGAAGGACGAGACAAUGCUGCCUGCCACUUUUAAACUGUGCGCUGGUAUUUCCUACAGGCACAUGAGAAACAUGACAGGAUUGAGGAGGAAUGCUCUGAUGGCUAUCCACCACGAGCUGUGCAAGCUGUCUGGACCAGGACAGCCCGACAGCUGGGUGGCCCACGUACGCAGGAGAAGCUCCCUGCUCUGCAGCAGAAUAGAGGAGUCGUCUCUGAGUGACCCUGAGCAAUGCUACGUCCGGCAGGGGCAGGAGGCCUUGCAGAAGUCCAUCAGUAUUCUCAGUGACCAGGACGGCUGGCAGACAGAGAUCGAGACCUGCACAGGGGACAAAGUUCUGAGUAAAGUUCUACCAGACAUCGGGAAGGUCUUCAAACUGGAGGUUCUGCUCGACCACCGUCCCGAAGACCUGUACGAAGAACUCGUGGAUAACAUAGAACAGAUGGGAGAGUGGAACCCCAAUGUCCGCCAGGUCAAGGUUCUGCAGAAGAUAGGCCAGAACACCAUGGUAACCCAUGAGGUGGCAGCAGAGAUCCCGGGCAACGUGGUGGGCCCACGGGACUUCGUGAGCGUGCGCUGUACCGGGAGAAGGGGCUCCACGUGCUUCCUGGCUGGAAUGUCCACCCAACAUCCCAGCAUGCCUCAGCAGAAGGGUUUCGUGAGAGCGGAGAACGGCCCCACCUGUAUCGUGAUGAGGCCGAACGCCGAUGACCCCACCAAGACAAAGUUCACCUGGUUACUCAGCUUAGACCUGAAGGGGUGGAUCCCAAAGUCAGUGAUCAACAGGGUGCUCUCGCAGACUCAGGUGGACUUUGCGAACCACCUCCGGCACAGAAUGGCCCCCCCCUAGUGGCCUGGAGUCUGCUGGGACCUGUUGAGAGCAUAUGCUUAACCUCUGUCCUUAACCAAACAGCCAAUCACAGACUCCUAUCAGGGACAAGCUCCACCCCUCAUCAGCUGCAACAGUUAUUUAACCAUUUAAAGGCUCCGCUUUUGUUUACCUAGUCUAUGGUUGUCACACGAGAUGGCGAAUAAAGGCAAAUAUGUUAUAUUUCUUCAUAAAACAUCACCAUGUGCCUGUGGUAUAAAUGAAUGGAAGUGCAUUUGUGGCUUGUCUGAACACGCGGUCGCGUGUGUGGCGUCGUAGCUCAGGCACUUCCAGCCUUUUACCUGCCCACUUAUCCGCGCCAGAGAACCACCAGAUGCUCAAGCUUAUUUUAACUGCCUUAAACUAUAUCACCUGUUAGUUUCUUCUGUUUGUUCCUGUUUGUAAAAAGAAAUGUAUUUAUUUCAAGUUUAUCUCAUUGCACCACCCUGAGAAAGGAUGUCUGUUAAAUUAAUAAACAAAAGUAUCAGAUUGCCUUGUU